AUCGUCGUCGCCGCAAAACGCGGAGAGCACUGUAGUUCUCUCCUCGAUGGAAAUUGGAUUAUAGUGAACAGAUGAUAUACGGGUGAAGCAGCGAUAGAUGCUUCGGGUUGUGGUGCAAUCAAACCGCACGUCUUGUGAGGGAUAACGGACGGCGUUCUCUUUUUCUGUUAGCUCGGAGAGACGAUGACGGAGAUACGAGCGGAGCCUCUUCCGCCUCGGCCUUAACCGACUUUACUUUCUGGCUCGACUCUCUUGGACCAUUCAGUCCUGCACGCUGGACGAGUUAAUAGUUAUUGCUCGAUGUAUUAACUAUCCUUUGCCAUUGAUCCUAUCUAUCCCCCUCGAAUUGAUCCCUGUCAGCCAUUGUCGUCAUCUUGCUUUCAUCUGAUCGGUCCUAAGGACCAGACGUACAAUGGCCCAGGUUUCGGAGUCUGGCGCAUUUGCGCAGCUCUCAGAAGCCCGAGAAAAGCCUCUAGGGAAGCCAGAGUCAUCUUCCAAGCUCCUAGAAUCACUGGAUAGCUUGUUGGAGCAAUACCUGCAGCUGCUUCACCGUCACCAGACGUUGCAUGCGCAGCUGGGGAAACAACUCUCAUCGGGCUUCUUCUCUCUCGCGCAGGCCAACUAUUCUUCUCCGGGCCGACGCUACGGUCAGGACUACUAUGACGAGCGCAUGAAAGCUACACGGAGGAUAUCAGUAGAGCCGCCUGCCAAUCGUGAGGACAAGUCUUCAGAGCCCGAAGAGACUGAAGACACCGGAUCAUCCAGCCAGAGCUAUACCUUCAAGAUCAAAACCACGUUAGCAGAGUACGAAACAGAGGAGGAAAAGCCUAAAUCCGAAACAGCAGUCUCAGGAGAGAAUGCGGAAAGUUCAGAGUCAGCCUUGAAUCCAAGAUCAGGCGAAACGGCUGAGGACCGAACGGAGACUCCUUCAACGCCCGGGGAAUCAGAAGAAGGGGCUCCUUCAAAGAAUUCGUCGAUCUCAACAGCCCCAAAGAGGGCAUUACCUUCCCCUGAUCCUCUCAGGUGGUAUGGUGUUCUCGUCCCGCCGUCGCUUCGAAGUGCUCAGAGAUCAUUCGUCACCGCAACGGAGAGCAUGUCGGAGCUGGCUAGUAUAAUGACAGAGAUUCGAAACGUGGAGGAGCGCGUGUCUAAGCUGAGAUACAGACUUGGACUGUCAUAACCGGGAGCAGUGGAGGAAUCGUCUAAUCGGCACGCUAUCGACCUUAAGGUCUCAUCUGCCUGCCUUUGAGACGAUUUCUCAUAUUUAGAUUCUAAUGAGCGCCACGAGAAAGGCGUCUAGUAUAU